GGUGGGGGCGUCGGUAGCGCUCCCUCCUUCGUCUUCGCAACCCCCGCCUCACAGAAUCGGGCUCACGCCAUCUUGCGCCCCCCCCCCCCCCGCCCCACCCGAGCCACCUUUUCUCUUUCGAAACUCUCAGCCCCCCACCCCGCCCCUUUCCAAGCGUGUCCCGGGCCGCAGGAGCAGAAACCGCACCAUCUCCACCCCCACAUUCUCCACGCGGGACGCGCAGCCGUGCCUACAAGUGUUCCUAAAGCAGAGAUGAAUAAUACUGCAGCCAGCCCAAUGUCUACUACCACUUCAAGUAGUGGAAGAAGUACAGGGAAGUCUAUAAGCUUUGCAGCAGAUUUACAGAGUAUGAUGUUUUCUUUAGGGGAUGCUAGGAGGCCUCUUCACGAAACAGCAGUUUUGAUAGAAGAUGUGGUACACACUCAGUUAAUUAAUCUGUUACAGCAAGCUGCUGAAGUUGCUCGGCUUCGGGGAGCAAGGGUAAUCUCUGAUGAAGAUCUUCUGUUUUUGAUGCGCAAAGAUAAGAAAAAACUUAGAAGACUGCUAAAAUACAUGUUUUUCCGAGACUACAAAUCAAAGAUUAUCAAAGGCAUAGACGAGGAUGAUCUUCUGGAAGACAAAUUGAUUGGCAGCAAUAAUGCGAGCAAAAGACAAAAAACUACUCAAGACUUUCUCAACUCUAUUGACCAAACAGGAGAACUCUUGGCAAUGUUUGAAGAUGAUGAAAUUGAUGAAGUUAAACAAGAAAGAAUGGAGAGAGCAGAAAGACAAACUCGAAUUAUGGAUUCAGCUCAAUAUGCAGAAUUCUGUGAAAGUCGACAAUUAAGUUUCUCCAAAAAAGCCUCCAAAUUUCGAGACUGGUUGGACUGCAGUAGCAUGGAGAUAAAACCCGAUGCUGGCGCUAUGGAAAUUUUAGCAUAUUUAGCACAUGAAACUGUGGCACAGUUAGUGGAUCUGGCUCUUCUUGUGAGGCAGGACAUGGUAGCCAAGGCAGGAGACCCCUUCAGCCACGCCAUUUCUGCAACCUUCAUUCAGUAUCACAACUCUGCUGAGGGGUCUUGCCUGAAGUCCUACCCAGACUCCCCUGAGAACACACCUCCUCCUACACCAACAGCUCCAUCAUCUGGAUCACAGCACUCAGGGAAAACCACAUCAGGAUCCCUAGGGAAUGGGAGCGCUGGACAAGAGUCAGCUAAAACCAAGCAAAAGAAAAGAAAAAAGAACACUGCGGCCUGUGGUGUUGAGGCCCACAGCGAUGCCAUCCAGCCCUGCCACAUCAGAGAGGCCGUUCGACGCUACGGCCACAAGAUUGGCCCCCUUUCCCCGUUCACAAGUGCCUACCGCAGGAAUGGGAUGGCUUUUCUGGCCUGCUGAUGUGACUGUGACUGCAACAACAGGAAAGGCAAUGUUAUAUUAAGGUUUGAGACAAAGGAAACAAAAUUAAAAGGACAGUCAGUUUCCCCCUUGCUCUAUCCCACCAACUUUACUUUCCAACAUCUGCUGACUGUAUCUACAUGCAUUUUAGAGACAAAUAUCCAUUUUAUAAACUCGCGCUAAUCAAAGACCUAAUUGACCUGGUGAGCUGUCUGUUCCCAUCUUCUCUUCUUUUCACCCUGCUUAGAGGAUAUGUGUCAUUUUCAUGCCCUUUUCCCAACUUCCUGCGUGUCUGCCUAUCAUGUGUGCUCUCCUCACAUAGACCCUCUUCCCCCGUCUUCAUUUCUCUCCUUUCCCUAUCCCUCCAGUCCCCAGGCCCACCCUCACACACAGGCUGUGCCCAUUUAGAAGCAAAGUAAUCAGAAUCAAUAGGAGGGGAGCCGGUGGCUUGCUUCCUCCCGGCCAAGCAC